AGAAGAAAUAGCGGCUAUUUGAUAAGCAUGCCCGGGGUUUUAGUAUUGCUCGUUGUAAAUAUUUACCACUAACAAAAAAUGAAUGUUUUUAUCAGUGUCGUGUUGUUUCUCGGAAGUGCCAGAGCCGCCAGUAAAACCGGGGAUGAUGAAUGGGUGCAUCUGCCAAAUAAAUGUGAAGUGUGCAAGUUUGUGAGUAUUGAGAUGAAGUCAGCAUUUGACGAGACUGGAAAAACAAAAGAAGUCAUUGAUACCAACUACCGCUUCCUGGAUGAUAAAGGGGCACCGCCAAUCAAAUAUGUCAAAUCUGAUAUUCGUUUUAUAGAGGUGACGGAGAACGUUUGCUCAAGGAUUAUGCAGUACAAUCUACACAAAGAGAGAGAUGGAAGCAAUCGCUUUGCAAAGGGUAUGUCUGAGACGUUCUCUACCUUGCAUAACCUGGUUAAUAAAGGUGUGAAGGUGGUGAUGGACAUUCCCUAUGAGCUGUGGAAUGAGACCAGUGCAGAAGUGGCUGACCUCAAAAAACAGUGUGAUGUGAUGGUAGAGCAGUAUGAAGACGUCAUCGAGGACUGGUAUAAAGGCAGCCAGGAGGAAGAUCUCACCACUUACCUGUGUGAAAAACAUGUGCUGAAAGGACAGGACACUGGCUGUCUUAAGGAGACAUGGGCUGGGAAAAAAGGAGACAUGGCAGCCAUCGCAGAGGACAAGAAGAAAAAGAAAGGCAAAAAGAAGAAGGGUAAAGAUGGUGAGGAUGGGCAGAAAAAGGAGAAGAAGGUAAAGAAAAAGAAGAAAAAGUCCAAGAUUUCUGACAGCGAGUCUAGCAAGCGGAGAACGGAAGCUGCAGGAUUCACCUCGGAUGAAGAAGAGAUCCAGAAGAAAGUUCCUCUUAAUCAGCCUAAAACUGAACUCUGAUUUCUUUUGUGUUUGUUUGUUUCUGCCGCUUGAACAUCAAAAUGUACCACUGAGAUGUACGUUGAGUUGUACGUUGACACCUGAUUUUCCCAUGAAUGCCAUCCAGGAUUAAGCUAAGAUCAAAUGCCAUUUUCAGAUCCAAUAGUGGCAGCUAGACUAAUCAAAUCUUAGAUAGGAUAAAAUUUUAUCAUGUGUUUCUUCUGAUAUUCUUAAUUGAAGGGAUAGUUCACCCAAAAAUGAAAAUCACCAGACCUGUUUGAAUUUUAUUCCUCUUUUAAACACUAAAUAAGAUCUUUUGAAGUAAGCUGCAAACCGGUAACCAUUGACUUUCAUAGUGUUUGCUUUUCCUACUAUGAAAAUCAAUGGUUACCGGUUUCCAGCAUUCUUCAAAAUAUCUUCUUUGGUGUUCAACAGUAAAAAGAAACUCAUAAAGUUUGAAACAAGGGAGUAAAUGGUGAGUACAUUUUUGGGUGGGCGAUCGCUUUAAUGAAGUUUGGAAGCUGUUGGAAUGGAUUCUAGUGUUCUCAUUUUUACAUCUUUACUAAACAAUAGUUUUGGUUCUACAUUAAGUUAAGUUGUCUAAUACCUUCAUUAUAUUGUUAUAGAUAAGAAAGUUUUUCAGUAUUAAUAUUUUUAGGUGGUAUACAUCUCGGUAAAUUUGACCUUUUUAUGCAUAAAAAAUAUCUUUAAUGUUUAAAUGGGAUGCAA